CGAACUGCCGGCUGCCCGCCCCGGCCAGGCGCCCCUGCAGCAUGGGCUGGAACACCAAUCUCCGCUGGCGGCUGCCGGUCAUCUGCCUGCUCCUGCAGGUGGUCCUGGUGGUCCUCUUCGGUGUGUUCGUGCGCUAUGACCCGGAUGCCGACGCCCACUGGAUCGAGGAGAGGUUGUCUAAGAAUAUGUCCAGCGACCUUGACAACGAAUUCUACUUUCGCUACCCAAGCUUCCAGGACGUGCACGUGAUGAUCUUCGUGGGUUUCGGCUUCCUCAUGACCUUCCUGCAGCGCUACGGCUUCAGCGCCGUGGGCUUCAACUUCCUUCUGGCGGCCUUCGGCAUCCAGUGGGCGCUGCUCAUGCAGGGCUGGUUGAACUCUUUUGAAGGAAACUACAUUCUCGUGGGCGUGGAAAACCUCAUCAACGCGGACUUCUGCGUGGGCUCUGUCUGUGUGGCCUUUGGGGCAGUUCUGGGCAAAGUCAGCCCUGUCCAGCUUCUCAUCAUGACUCUCUUCCAAGUGACCCUCUUUGCAGUGAAUGAGUACAUUCUCCUCGAGCUGCUAGAGGUGAAGGACGCAGGGGGCUCCAUGACCAUCCACACAUUUGGUGCCUACUUUGGGCUCACAGUGACCCGGAUCCUCUACCGACCCAACCUAUAUCAGAGCAAGGAGAGGCAAAGUUCUGUCUACCACUCGGACCUCUUUGCCAUGAUUGGUACCCUCUUCCUGUGGAUGUUCUGGCCCAGCUUCAACUCAGCUGUGUCCAAUCAUGGGGAUGCCCAGCACCGAGCUGUCAUCAACACCUACUGCUCCUUGGCAGCCUGUGUGCUCACCUCGGUGGCGUUAUCCAGCGCCCUGCAGAAGAAGGGCAAACUGGACAUGGUGCACAUCCAGAACGCCACGCUCGCAGGAGGGGUGGCCGUGGGCACUGCUGCCGAGAUGAUGCUCAUGCCUUACGGCGCCCUCAUCGUUGGCUUCAUCUGCGGCAUCAUCUCCACCCUGGGUUUUGUGUACCUGACGCCAUUCCUGGAGUCCCACCUGGGGAUCCAGGACACAUGUGGCAUUCACAACCUGCAUGGCAUUCCUGGCAUCAUAGGUGGCAUUGUGGGUGCUGUGACAGCGGCCUGUGCCAACACUGAGAUGUAUGGGAAGAAAGGGCUUGCCCACGCCUUUGACCCUGAAAGUUUCAAAGCAAGUUGGACUGCAAGCUUGCAGGGCAAGUUCCAGGCUGCCGGCCUCUUCGUGUCACUGGCCAUGGCCCUGGUAGGCGGCUUCAUCGUAGGGUUCAUUUUGAAAUUACCAUUCUGGGGACAAGCCGCUGAUGAAAACUGUUUUGAGGAUGCAGUCUACUGGGAGAUGCCCAAGGAACAGAACAUGACCCACCAUUCUGAGGACCCCACCCUCAAGCCCUCAGAACCUUAACCUCCCAGGGCAAGUGAGAAGCAGAAAAGGAAAAGGACCUGACAGUGGCCUGCUGCUCUUGGCUCUCUCCCUGCAGGCUCCACAGACUGGCGCUCCCCAAGGAGCCAGUGCCGAUGAAGCUGGGAACACAAGUGCAAGGCGAGCAGAAGCCCUGGCUGCUGACCUGGUCCAGGACGCCUCCACCCCUCCCUCCCCCUUCAUCCCAGGGGGCCUGCCUGGGAAUGGAGGAGGAGUUGUAGACAAAGUGGGCACCCAAGCCAGGUCCUGGCUGUAGGAGGCCUGCCAUCAGGAUCCUUGGUGGCCACAUCUUGAGAAAAGCAGGGCAGAGUGCGGCUGGGGGCUGGAGGUGGACCCGAGCCCUUCUAGGAGACAACUUAGCUGCCAGCUGCCAACUACUGGGCUCUUCCACUACCUGCCUGCCCCUCAGCCAGUACCUUCCACACCCGCUGAGUCCCCCGGACCUCUCUGUGCCAUGCAGAUGGUGGCCUCCAUGAAUAAACGUUCUUGGUGUUCUUUGCA